AUGAUAGUGCAGCUUCAUGUUUAUGUGACGCUCCUCUUGUGUUUGUGUUUGCAGCUUUGUGGUAAACGCGUUUAAAGCUCGUAUGGGUUAUAUAGUUAGCUCACUGGUUGUUUGUGACAUUUGGUUUUGACUGAGCUAGCACUCAGCUCAUUAUUUUCAGCACCCUGACCACAAUCUGGACUUUUGAUCGUGUCAUUAGACUUAGUUAAUAAUGUAGCUGACCAGCCUUUCUUCGACUUCAGUAGCUGAACAGAUGCUGGAAACCUGACUAUCCCCCUGGUGAGUGGCGUUUUUUCCUUUUGAGCGUGGAGGGCGUCUGAGUGAAGGCUGAACGAUGGUCUGAUGGACCGCCGCUUCUUCCUGACCUUCCUCUUCUGCUCACUGUCGUGGAUCUUCUUCUGGGAAGUGCGCUGGAAGAAAGGGAAAGAGAGUCAGAUUGAGGAAUGGCUCCAAGGACAUAGCCUCUCUGAAUACCGACACUUAUUUGAAGAUGUACAGACGCUGGAGGAACUGAGUCUGAGUGUAUUGAGUCGUCUGGAAGAGGUGGUGAAGGAACAGCGGCGCUGGAGGGAAAUUGCAGAGGCCCACAUCCAGCUGCUCCGAGACUUUGCCUUCCAGGAGUGGCUCUGCUCCCAGAACCUGGAGCACUAUUACCAUACACUGAAGACGUUGGGUUGUAUAAAUCUGGAUGAUCUGUCUCGGUUUGACAGUGAACUGCAGCUGUCUUUAGCUGCCUGGGGUUACUACUACGAAGACUACAUAAGGUUGUCUACAGGCAUUAAGAUCCUCCAGACGUCCAGGGGGAGUCGUGACCAGGACUACGAGAUCCGGCUGGUGCACAGCCUUGCAGAGAGGCGUCUGAAUGAGAAGUGGUCGCUUGCGGGAGCUCUCAUAUUUGGCUGUACUGUGGCACUGUGCUUCUUGAUAAGGGACCUCAUGUUUUACGUGAUUGGUGGAAUUACUGUUUCCAUCAUAGCGUUUGUCUUCACCAUCAAGUUCCUCUGUGAGCUUGCAGCGAGAGUAGUCAGCUUCCUGCAGAAUGAGGAUCCAGGGCGACGCGGUGACCGCAGUAUCUACGACUAUGUCCGGGGCAACUACCUGGACCCACGCUCCUGCAAGGUGUCUUGGGAUUGGAAGGAACCGCAGGAAGUGGGGCAGACUAUGAGCUUCAGAGUCCAGCUGUUCUAUAAGAAUGGCCAGCCUUUCCCAGCCCAUCGGCCUGUGGGACUGAGGGUCAACAUCACCCACAUUGAGAUGGCUCUGGACAUCCCUGUUACACAGGAAGUUCUGCACGAACCAGAGUCUAAUGUAGUCAAAGUGGCAUUCACAGUGCGCAAGGCCGGACGUUAUGAGGUUGCUGUCAAGCUGGGUGGGCUCAAUGUGGCCUACAGCCCUUAUUACAAGACAUUCCAGCCAGGUACAGUUGUCCCAUCCAAAACCAAAAUAGCCUACCACUUCUCCACCCUGGUGCUAACAAAUGGCCAGCAGCACACUUUGCAGAUUGAGCCCAGGGACGAGUAUGGAAACCCCACCAGUAACUCCACAUCUCUCACGGAUGAAGCCAACUACAGCGUCCAUGUGCACUCUCUGGGCACAGUAGAUGAUGACAGUCUGGAGGAGUACUACAGUAAAUCAGUUACACUCAACAAGCAGCAGUGCCAGGUUCUGCUAAGACUGACCCUGAGGAGGACGGGCUGUUUCAGGGCCCGCAUAUCAUACAAAGACCAGCCGCUCAGCAACGGGGAAUUUGACAUUAUUGUUCUCAAUGAGAAUGAGAAGGCCUGCGUGGAGAAGAAUGUGUCCACUCCUGGCAUAAGUAUCUACUUUGAGGCAUACCUUUACAACAGUGGGAAUUACAGCAGCUCCUCAUGGCAGUUACCCGCCUCCUCUUUGCUGGCUCCCCAGCGGAGGCCCUCCAUGGGAGAAGAGGAGGAUGAGCACGACUCUCCUGUGGAGGGACAACCCGAGAAGGUCAAGAAACCAAAAAAGGUCUACUGUUACAUAUCGCCAAAGCAACUAUCCGUGAAGGAGUUCUACCUGAAAAUUAUUCCGUGGCGCCUUUUCACAUUUCGAGUAUGCCCAGGAACGAAGUUUACCUAUUAUGGUCCAGACCCGGUUCACAAGUACCUAACUCUAGUGGUGGACGAUGGGAUACAGCCUCCCGUGGAGCUCAGCUGCAAAGACAGGAACAUCAUGGCUGCCACCUUCAUUCGCUUCCUGCACAAGAACAUCGGUGGCUCUGAAACCUUCCAAGACAAGGUGAACUUCUUUCAACGUGAACUCAGGCACAUCCACUCCAAGAGACCUCGCACCAAGACCUGCCUAAAAAUCACUCGACACUCUAUUCUAGAUUCAUCCCUGAAGGUUACAAGAAACUUCUCAGUGUCCGACUGGAGUAAGAACUUCGAGGUUGUGUUUCAAGAUGAGGAAGCUCUGGACUGGGGAGGGCCUCGCAGGGAGUGGUUUGAGCUGAUUUGUAAGACCCUCUUUGACACCUCCAACCAGCUGUUCACCCGUUUCAGUGACAACAACCAGGGACUUGUGCACCCAAAUGCUGACCGGCCGCCUCACCUGCGUCUAAAGAUGUAUGAGUUUGCGGGUCGCAUCGUAGGGAAGUGUCUGUAUGAGUCUGCUCUGGGCGGGGCCUACAAACAGCUGGUUCGUGCGCGCUUCACACGGUCCUUCUUGGCCCAGAUCAUUGGCCUCAGGAUGAACUACAAGUACUUCGAGACGGAUGACCAGGAGUUCUACAAAACAAAAGUUUGCUUCAUCCUAAACAAUGACGUGAGUGAAAUGGACCUGGUGUUCGCCGAGGAGAAGUACAGCAAGUCGGGACAGCUGGAUAAGGUGGUGGAACUGAUAUCAGGGGGAGCUCAGAUUGCUGUUACCAAUGAAAACAAGAUGCAUUAUCUCAACCUGCUGGCUCAGUAUAGACUGGCCAGCCAGGUGAGAGAUGAGGUGGAACACUUCCUGAAAGGUUUAAAUGAACUGGUUCCAGAAAACCUGCUAGCCAUAUUUGAUGAGAAUGAGUUGGAGCUGUUGAUGUGUGGCACCGGUGAUAUAAACGUGCAAGACUUCAAAGCUCAUGCUGUGAUUGUAGGAGGAUCGUGGCACUUCAGAGAGAAAGUGAUGAAGUGGUUCUGGGCCGUGGUGUCCAGCUUCACUCAGGAGGAGUUGGCCCGUCUGCUGCAGUUCACCACCGGAUCCUCUCAGCUUCCCCCGGGGGGAUUCAACACCCUUUGCCCCUCUUUUCAGAUCAUCGCUGCUCCCACACACAGCACCUUGCCCACUGCACACACGUGUUUUAACCAGCUGUGCCUCCCUACCUACGACUCCUACGAGGAGCUGCACAAGAUGUUGAAGCUGGCCAUCAGUGAGGGCAGCGAGGGCUUCGGCAUGCUCUGACUCUCUCCCAUCACUGGCACUGUGUGUUCCACUCGUACAAGAAGAGACCAGCACUGUCCACUCCGGUGCACCACUUCCCUGCAUUCAUCUGCAUUUAACAGUGGGCUUCUUGGCAGAGAAGCACCAAGACUCCCUAUAAAAUACUCUCUCAGGAUGAGAGGGCAUUAAAGGAAGUCCCAGAAAGCUUUCCUGAGAUCAGGACUCAAUCAUAUGAACUCUAGUGCUACUGUAUGUAUAUAAAAUAUCUCACUUUUGUUAAAAAGGAAAACAUGAAUUGCUGGAAAAGGUGAGGUUUAGGCUAGUUUUAUUUCUUAAUGCUAAAGUUUGCUUAGUUUUAUAUGUUUGAAAGACAUGACGCUAGAGCAAAGGCCUCGACUAUUACUGUAUAACUGCUUUUUUUCUUUUGCAUUUUGCAUUUUGCAAACUGAGGAACACUUAAGUGCAACAGCAGCCUACAUUUGACGUGGGUAACGCGUGCAUCAACAGCACUUUGGCCUUAAUCGAUCAGGGACUGAUGUGUGUAUGUAAAUAUAUAAUAUCACUCUUUUAUUUGAAUACUUGUACAUAGUAGUGUGUAUACACAGGUUUUCAUCUGGUUACCUUUUUUGAUUUGACGUUUAAGGAGAAGGGAUUUCUUUACAGUUGCACGUUUGAUGGGUUGAGAGUUUAUAUAAUUUCUAUAAGCUUUUUUUUUCCUUUUUUUCCUUUCAGAUAUGAAUGGUUUUAAAAGAAGCCAAGUAAUUUCUAUUGUUUAUACAUGUUUUUAACUUAUUGUGUCUUGGAAAAAAUAUAUAUAUUGUGUUAUUUGUGUUGAUCCCUACUGUUUAAAAUAUGUUCGUCUGGAGCGGGAAAAUGUUUUUGUUAUGUUUUAUAACCUGCCUUAUUCAUACCCGUUGCCUCUGAUUGUAUCCAGAGAGGUGCGUAGGUGAAAGAAGUGUAGUCAAUAGGUAAUAGAUAUAUUAUGACAUUUCUACUAGUACAUGCAGGGGUCACUGUGGUUGGCUGGUUGUUGGGGAUAGCCCAUAUAUAACAAAUAUGUUGUUAUAUAUGAUGAUUCCUUUUUUUAUUCACAGCCUUUUAUGGGUUUACCUCAGAAUCUCCUAUGUCACCUUUGCAUUCUCUGACACAGGAGUAUGUGUGUUCAAGCACAUGUAUAGAAAAGCAUAACAUAUACAGUUUGUUCAUAGUUGCCUCCUUCCAGUUCAGACUAUACAACCUUUAGCCAUAUUAUCCCACAUUCUCAGUAAACUAAAGCAUUAUAUCAGUGGCUGUUACGCCCUCUAUGUUGUAAAACUGUUAUCUUUUAAUGCUGAUAGUAUUGUCAAUAUCCUGAGCCAACAGACUUGUUUUCUCUUUUUCUGUUCAUAAUCGUGUAGCAGUUUCUUUGCUGUUCCAGAGUUUACAUGUUCGUUAGCCAUUUUGUAAUAGUGUGCCAGCCAGAGUGUUCGUGAAGCAUUUAGGAAAAUUCAUGUUUCGAAGAAAAAGAAGACGUUAAUGGAUGAUUCUUCUCAGUAGUAUUUUAAAAUUUGUUCAUGCCCCCCCCACUGAGCACUCUGGAUGCAGUUUCACUCCUCACAUUAUUCUCACAGAUGGCAGUAAAAGUUUGACUCGGCCACUAAGAGAUUUAACUCGUUGAGAGGCAGAGUUGUCACAUUUUUGACUACAGUUGCUGCAGGUUGGGAUUGGCCGCAUUGAUUCACCUGAGCUAAUUCAGCGUCUGCUUGGGAUUUGACGAGAAUUAGCUUGUUCUUUAGCUGGAUUUUUUUACAGUGUUAAGAGGUUUAUAAGAAGAUUUGUUUGUGUUUGUUUGGGUUGUGCAAUGUUGACCCGAUGUACUGAGGAGAGCAGUGAAAAUGUGGAGUGCUUAUGAAAAUGUUUCAUCAAGGGUGUGUUUUCUGCACCAAUACCAAUGGUAGUUUAAACAAAACGCGUAUUAGUUGUCCCAUUAGACAUGACAAUUAUAAACAAAUAUGAAGGAGGUCUGUCUCGUUUUAUGUUCUUGUUUAAUGUUUGUUUUUCAUGAGCAUUUACUACUCUGUUUUAUGUUUUGAUUGUUUCUGGGUUAGAUGACCUGAGUGUGACUUUUUAGCAAUGUAGAUAUUGUGAAAUAUGAACUUUGAAGCUGGGGUACUGUUUUCUUUUCUUCUUUUUUUUUAAACGGCAAGCCGCUGCUGAUGAAUGUUUGAGAUUCUCUGCACUGCAGGCCCUUUGUUUAUGGAAAUAAAAAAAAAUGAUGGACUAAA